AUGGUAUCAAAUCGUUAUGAUAUUGAUGAUGAAAUAUAUAUAACCGAUCUAUUAACAAAUGAAGAUAUUCCUUCAUUUGUUAAAUAUCUUAACAAUCCAAUAAUAGAAGCUAAUUCAAUAACAAUACCAUAUCCAUAUACAACAAAAGAUGGCGAAGAUUUUAUUCAAAAGAUAAAAUCAGACUCAUUAAAUUUAACACAUAUUUUUACUAUUCGUUUGCGGGCAAAUGAUGAAUUGAUAGGUGAAUGUGGUCUUCAUCGUUCAAUUGGAAAUGAAAGGAGAACAGAAAUCGGAUAUUGGUUAGGUGAACCAUAUUGGCAUCGUGGUUUGAUGUCUAAAGCUGUAAACAAAGCAAUUGAAAUAAUAAAAAUCGAAUGGAAAAAUUUAGUUCGAAUUGAAGCAAAGAUAUUUCCAUGGAAUAAAGCUUCAAUGCGUGUUGCAGAAAAAUGCGGUUUCGUACUUGAAGGAGUAUUACGUAAACAUGCAUACAAAAAUGGACAAGAUAUUGACGAACAUUUAUAUGCAUUGAUUAUCGCAUAA